AUGGCCGCCCAGGCAUUCAGGCCUGCAACGCAGGGCCAGCUGCGUGAUUGGCUGGAGGGUCAUGGGGUCCCGACCGCUCCUUAUGGCCAGGGCCCCACCAAGAGCCUGGAACAUCUGCUGACCGAGGUCCUGGAUGGGGAGUCCACACUGGGGCUGGAUGCGGGGGGGCAGCCGCAGCGCCGUGUCUCGGUGGUGUCGGUGGAGAUCCGGGACGCGCGGGGACGGAUGCUCAUCGAGGCCCGACAGGUGCUCCCGAGCGGUGCUCAGCGCGCCCGGGCCCUGCCCCUGUCCGAGAAGCUGCUUCCGGGCGAGGCGUGGGAGGCGGCAGCUGUGCGUGGCGUGCACGAGGAGCUGGCCAGCGUGCUGCCCCCCUCCCCCCAGAUCAGCAUCAAGACUGAGAGCCACACCAUGACGGAAGACAGGAGACCCAGCCUGUCGUAUCCUGGGCUUGCAACCUGCUACAUCUGCCACAGAGUAGAGGCAGAGGUCCCGGGCCUUCCCAGUGAGGCCUUUCGCACAGAGGAGCAGCGUCCCGAUGGCAUCCUCACUGCUUUCUGGGAGUGGAUCAUUUGA